AACCCGAGCUGCUGAGUAAAGCUGCCUCAGAGUGAAGUAUGGGAGAUGAAAUGCUGCUGUCAUCCUCCGCUCUUAUAACAGAUGGAGCAUCCUCAGCUGUGAGCAGCAGCACCCAGCAGGAUGACUGCUUCUCUUGUCCUCUGCCUCCUCCUUCUGCUUCACAUUUUCAGUCUUACAACAGGUUAUUUAACCGUUACUAGUGAAUCUCUUCCUCCUGUCGUCAUUGGAGAUACAGUCACACUCAAGUGCAACUUCCAAACAGAUGGCAGCCUGAAAGAGAUUGUGUGGUUUCGGGAAAGCGAACAGAUUAUUGAAGGAGCCAGUGCCAAGCAAAAGAUUUUCAGCUAUAAUGCCAUGUACAACACUAGCUACUCCAACAUGGAGGACAACCGCAAACGGGAGGACCUAGUAUACCAGUCAACAGUUCGACUUCCAGAAGUUCACAUGGAGGAUGAUGGCCUGUAUGAGUGCCAUGUAGGGAUUUAUGACAGAAAUUCCAAAGACAAAGUUAUUCUAGCCUCUAGCAGUAUCACCCUCACUGUCAUAGUACCUCCAAAGUCUAUCUCUGUGGUGGUGGCCAACAGCCCAGCUCCAUUCAGCCGCUACGAGGCUCAAAACUUCACUCUGGUUUGCAUUGUUACAGGAGCAAAACCAGCUCCCAUGGUAUACUUCAAGAGAGAUGGUGAGCUUAUUGAUGUUGUGCCAACAGCCCAGUCUUUUUCUUCAGUAGGAGUUCAAAGUAAGAGCCCAGGUCACAAAAAGAGCUGGACUAUGAACCAGGCAGGGCUUUGGAGUACCCAGGUGUUGACCAGUCGAGAUGUUGAUGACACCAAACUCCAGAGGACCCUGCUGGAGCAAGAGGAGAAGCAGGCCAGGCUAGACCAUAAUGGACCUGUUGACUCUCAGGGCCAAGAAGAAGAGUCCGAACUGAAUCCUGAGGAAACCACUGAGAUUAUCCCUGAGACAAUAGUGAGCAGGGAAUUUCCCCGCUGGGUUCAGACUACUGACCCUCUCUAUUACUUCUAUCACCGGCAGCAGGCAGCAGGCGAUGGCACCAUGGAGGUUAGAGCCAUGCUAACCUGGAGCCUCAACCCCCAGCUUGACAAUGAGGCUCUAUUCAGCUGUGAGGUCAACCACCCAGCUCUAUCCAUGCCCAUGCAAGCUGAGGUCACAUUGGCUGCUCCCAGAGGACCUAAGCUGUCCAUGAGUCCCAGUAAAGCCAAAGUGGGAGAUACAGUGCGGAUCACUGUCCAGGGCUUCCAGCUGGGACCUUCUGCAAGUGAAGUCUUCCCUGAGCCAAUGUUCACUUGGACCAAGGUUGGUGGGGAUCUGCUCGAUGGCAGAGCAGUCCAUAACGGAAGGGAACUCAUCCUGGAGAGAGUCCCUGCUGAGCUCAAUGGCUCCAUGUUUCGCUGCACAGCCCAGAAUCCUCUGGGCUCCACAGAUACCCACACCCGCCUGAUCGUGUUUGACAACCCAAGACUGAAGAGAGGAAAAGAACAUUACAUUGCCAUCAACACAGCAGUCGGUCGGCACUCCUUCACAUUAUCCACCAUUCUACUGCUGAGAUUCACCUGUGAGCUGACGUGACCCGAAGCUCUGCUCUGCUGCUAAACACACUACCCAACUUCCUGAGGCACCAUCAGUGACCAUCAAGUAGUUAAACCUCCAACCAGUCCUUCUGCUUGAGCACCUAGGAGGAAGGACUCAUUCUGAUUCUGCAUUAGACACAGAAUGAAGUUUCAGAGGCAAUUUACAUGUAAUCUUGGGAAUACUUGAGAUUUACCACUACCAUAGGGAUAAUAGUAGAUAGAUUGUAAGUCAGCAUUAUCAGCUGCCGGGAUUUUGAUUCAUAGCAUCACUCCGACUGCCAGAUUUAUGUUAUAUAAACAAAAACAAAAACCCACAACCCAGGCCAACUCAAAGACACAUCAAAUAUUGAUUAGUUAGGGCUAUUAUUCAAAAAGAUCUGGUGAACAAGUUCUCUAGAAAUCAUCAAAUCUGGACAGCUUUCACGUUCUUACAUAAAAUAGCUGAUGUUUUGGGGGUCUGAUUGUUCCUUCUAGUGAUGGGAUUUCCAGCUCUUUUUAGAGAACCAGAUCUUUAGG